CGUGACCCCAGCUUGAGGUGACGGCCCGAACCGAGGCGGGGCCCCAGGCAAGAGGCUGCAGGACCUGCCGCGGCUCGGUCGCCGGAGAGGGAGGGCUCCGCUGCCACCGCCGCCCUGCCGGUGCCCGGACAGAGCCCCUGGACUGCCAGGUUCCCGACCAGGGAGGAGGAGGAGGAAGAGAACUCCAUCUGCUGGGGCCUGAGUGUGGCCUGGGGGACAGGCCAUCGUCCCAGAAUGCCCCUGCCGGAGCCCAGCGAGCAAGAGGGCGAGAGUGUGAAGGCUGGCCAGGAGCCAUCCCCAGAGUCCCCUGAGCCAGGCACAGAUGUUGUCCCUGCAGCGCCCAGGAAGCCCAGGAAGUUCUCCAAACUGGUCCUGCUGACGGCCUCUAAGGACAGUGCGAAGGUGGCAGGGGCCAAGCGCAAAGGGGUGCACUGCAUCAUGUCCCUGGGAGUGCCUGGCCCCGCCACCCUUGCCAAAGCCCUCCUCAAGAUCCAUCCUGAGGCUCAGAGGGCCAUCGAGGCACCACCACAGGAGCCUGAGCAGAAACGCAGCAAGCUGGACACAGCCGGAAAAGAAGACGGAAGGUUGGCAGGGCAGUCUGCCCCCAGUACUGAGGUCGUAGGGGAGGAGCCCACCGCAGAUGCUGUCAUGCCCAGCACCCUCCUGUAACUCUGACAAGCACGGUAUGCCCUUACUGGAUCAGUGACCUUGGCUGUGACUUCUGCUGGGGACCCAGUUGCAACUGGUUUUCAUUCUCAAACAUUGUGUAAUUUUUUCCAAAUCAAGCAUAAAUUACUUUUAUAAACAGAAAAAAAAAACCUCAAAAAGAAUAAAAGAAGCUGUAUGCGAGGUCCCAUUAUGGACAGGUUUUAUAACCUUCCGUGGUCCUUUGAGACCCCACCGCAACCCCACCAGCCUUCCCCAGGCCCUGUCCCAGGGCUCAGACCCUGGCCCCUCAGCCUGGAGAGCCACCACUGGCCUGGAGACUAGGUGGGCUCUCUGAGCUUUCUACUUCCUACUGUUUCUGGCUUGAAAGGGGUGCAGUGGGACCCCCAGGCCUGAGCCCCUGGGAAGCCUAUCCAGCCCCUCCCUGACCAUCCCUCCAGGGCCUGUUCCCAGGAGGCUUGCCUCCUCUAGACAUCCCACCAACUGACAGCUUCCCCCCACCCCUCAUGGGAGCCUGUGUUCAUGGUUGCCCAGAGUUCUGCUGGGGAGGGGGUGGGCCCCGACCGUAGUGUAUGAUGCCCCUAUCAUGUUCCUUCUGGGUGUUUUGGGGGCUGAGCUUCCUGGGCACCUGACCCCUCCCCAGGCACCUCGGGUGCCACACCUGCUGGAGGAGGAAGUGAACAGAACACAGUUACCCCCCCUACAAACGGAAGUCAGGGUUCCCUGGAGGCCCCCCACAGGAAAGGCUUCGGCCUCCAGUUGGCUUCACCUCACAUGGUCCUCGUUUUGUGGAAACUGCCAUGGGGCAAAGGAAACGAAUGGAUUAUUUCUAAAAUGUUGAGACUAGAGGCCUUAUGCUUUUGAACAUUAUCUUCCCAAAUUUAGCUUGCAUCAUGGACCCCUCUUAGGAAAAGUGAGUUCCUCAGCACCCCUCCUGGCCCAGCUCCAUCUUGCUCUGUUUCUCCUCCAGCGUGGUUGUUAACAUUUAUGCUCUGUAACCAUCAUUUGAAAUGUUCCUUUGUCCUAAUUUGAUAUUUAAAUAGAUUCUGCUCUUCACCAUGUU